UUUUACUUGUUAUAGCAUGCAUUUACAUAACUCACUGAACGGUCCCUGUAUCCGGGACCUUACCGUUCCAACAUGGCGCUAGGAGACGAAGUGGUACUUUCUUCUGACCCCCCAGAGGAGGAAGAGGAGGAGGACCUGGUGGAUCCUCAGGACACAAUGAAGGAGAGUUGUGGUGCCUCCUGUGAGAAGUACAAGGCUGAGUGGGAUGCUUGUACAGAGAGAGUCACUGGUCGGUCGGAAACGGCAGAGACUUGUACGCAGGAGCUGUUUGACUUCGUCCACUGUGUAGAUGCAUGUGUAGCAAAAGACCUGUUUGCCAAGCUGAAAUGAUGACGUGUAGCCUAAGAUAAUUUUCAAGCAUCUAUAUGUGAGGGACUUGAAUGGUAUCUGUUCAAGUUGAGGUGAUCUAGAGCAUUAGACUGACCAUUUGUUGUUUUUUGUUUAGCAAAGGCCAUUCACUGUUCAGUUGUUCAUUCAUUGGCUCUCACCAAACUGUUUUGUACAAAUAUUUAGUGUGGACAAGUAAAUGAGAGUAAAAUCCGAA